AACGAGUCAAGCUGUGCCCUAUGCAUCCAAUUUGAUAUCCUAAACAUGCACUAUAAUGCAAAAUUAUAUAAGUAGUAAUAUUUUCGAAGAAAAAGAAAUUUUUUGAUUUUAAUUUAACAUCAAAAUCCUCCAUUAGGAAGGUAUUAAUUACCAUUCUAUAAAUUACUCAUAGUACAUCCAAAAAAUGGUAUGAAAAGAUUAUUCUCAAAAUCAGAUAUAGGAUUCUCUUGUCCUUGAGCUGACUCAAGACCUCCUUUCUGUUCUUAUAUUCUUCUAUUUCGUUUGUCUUAUGUCAGAGACGGCUAAUUCAAAAUUCUCCAUCUUCUUCUUCUUCUUCUUCUUCUUCAUAUGUAGCUUCCACGUUAUUCAGCUCAUUCAUAAGAAAGACAAUCUGCCCACGUUUACUACAAGGUGUCUCUCUUCUCUUCUCGUCUCUGUGUUGACAAAACUGCCAUGAUCAAACUUCCUCCUCUGCAACUCCUCAAUCAUCACUGUUAAGGAGUUCGAGUAAAUAUGUUCCUGAGAUCAUGUGUACAGACAAGGUCCUUAUUCUCUAAAAUCUACUUUGGUGCUCUUCUGUUUAUUAUACUUGUCACUGGCUGCAUCUUUUUUAAUCUCUCCCUCCAUUCUAUAACUUUAAAAAAACAAGCAAAUACCAUCCAUCCUCUUGAAGUUCAUCGUGAGCUUCGUUCCAAUUCUUCGUCGCCGUCGCUGAAUCUGCUUUCGGUUAGAGAAGAGACUGAAAAGAAUUACCUUAACGAAUCAAGACACCAACAGGUUUCUAGCAAUCAAUCAUCAGAGGCAGCAGCCGCGAACCCAAUUUCGCAAAAGCGUAAUACCGAUGAACCAUCAACGGAGGCAAAAGCUGUGAACCCAAUCAAGCAAAAGGUUUCUACAAAUGAAUUGCCCGACGGAGGUUUGCAGAAGUUUUCUUCUGAUCGAUCACAAGAGAAAGAAAACGUAGAAUGGAUUGUUAAAAAAUAUCCAAACAUUGAGAUGUUAAAGUCAACUGAAUUGACCAAGCAAUUUAGAAACCGAGCACAGAACUUCUUUGACCGUGGAUGCGAGGUUCGUUUCUUCAUGACAUGGAUUUCUCCGGCAACAUCCUUCGGCAAGAAAGAAUUCCUGGCCUUGCAGAGCGUCUUCAAAUACAAUCCCAAUGGAUGUCUGAUGAUUCUAUCGCGGAGUAUGGAUUCUGAUGAAGGAAAAAAGAUUCUAAGUCCAUUAACAGCACGUGGAUUCAAAGUGACCGCAUUGACACCAGAUUUGAAGUUUUUGUUUAAGAACACCCCGGCGAAAGCCUGGUUUGAUGACAUGAAGAAAGGUCUCAAGAAUCCUGGACAGAUACCAUUUGCUCAGAAUCUGUCGAAUCUUCUCAGACUUGUGACUCUGUACAAGUACGGAGGUGUUUAUCUGGAUACAGACUUUAUAGUGCUAAAGAGCUUCUCCGGCUUACGAAACUCAAUCGGAGCACAAAGUGUGGAUAUCCAGACGAAACAAUGGAAUCGACUCAACAACGCGGUUCUAGUAUUCGACAAGAAUCAUCCUCUGCUGUACAAAUUCAUAGAGAAUUUCUGUCGUAAUUUCGAUGGAAGCAGAUGGGGAUUCAACGGGCCAUAUCUAGUUUCAAGAGUGAUCCAGGAGGUCUCAGGGAAACCAGGUUACAAUUUCACUGUUUUGCCGCCAAUGGCAUUCUAUCCAGUAGAUUGGCUCAAAAUAGGCGGGUUUUUCCAGAAGCCGGUGACUCUGUAUCAAUCGAAAUGGGUAGACGCGAAAGUGCUCCAGCUUAGUAGAGAGACUUAUGGAGUUCAUCUGUGGAAUAAAGAAAGCGGCAAACUGAGGAUCGAAGAAGGGAGUGUCAUAAGACAAUUGAUAUCUAGAAGUUGUCUCAUUUGUGAAAAUAUAUACAGUAGUUAGAGGCUAUCGAUAGUUUUUGUUUCCUGUGUAAAAAAUACUCCAUCCGUUUUCGGAAAAGUGUUACUUUCAUUUUUCUAAUUUGAUAAUAUUAUUCUUAAA